UCUUUUUUCUUUGGGUGUACACAUCAUCCUCAUCAAUGAGUAGAGAGAAGAGUAGAGGGUAGUAGAGAGCCAAAAAAAAUCGAUCAUGGAGAGGCCAUGUGGAGCUCGCCAAGUGUGAGCAUUUACCUUCUUGGAAAGAAUCCCAAGCUAGAAAUCCACAGAAUUAUCUGCUCUCAAACAUUGGCUCAUCUGCUCAACAAUCCUAUCCUCCUCCUCCUCCUCACUGGCAGUGAUUCCCCCAACCCCAUUUCUCUCUGAAUUGGGCUUGUUUCUUUGCUGAAUUAUUAUUUUGCUCAUUCCACUCUGGUUGCUUGUUCAGAGACUCCAUGUACAAUUAGUUGACCAUUCUUCUAGUUAGCUUCUCUUGUGUUCUUGGAGUUGGAGCUGGUCUGUCCAUGUGAGCCAUGUUGCAGAUUGGGCUAGCUUUGGGAGCAAGAGAGUGGUAGAUCUUCUUCUUGCCAGAUUUAUUGUAGAUACAAUACAAUCCCAUUUCUUGUUCAGAUUUCUUGGUGAAAAUUCCUAGCUAGAUCCAUACUUUCUCCAGUGUAGUGUGUAGAGAAGAAGAGGCCUUGUGAAUCUUAUCUUGGGAAAAAGAGGUAUAUCCAUCCACCCAUCUGUGUGCUGUUCUUGAUUGGCGGCAAUGGCGAUGGAGCCGACGGUGAAGGUGGCGCUGGGGACGGCGGCGUUCGGGAUCUUCUGGGUGCUGGCGGUGUUCCCGGCGGUGCCAUUCCUGCCGAUCGGGAGGACGGCGGGGUCGCUGCUGGGCGCGAUGCUGAUGGUGCUGUUCGGCGUGAUGUCCGCCGACGAGGCGUACGCCGCCGUGGACCUCCCCAUCCUCGGCCUCCUGUUCGGCACCAUGGUGGUGAGCGUCUACCUGGAGCGCGCCGACAUGUUCAAGCACCUCGGGAGGCUGCUGUCAUGGCGGAGCCAGGGCGGCAAGGACCUGCUCGUCCGCACCUGCGUCGUGGCGGCGCUCGCGUCGGCGCUCUUCACCAACGACACCUGCUGCGUCGUGCUCACCGAGUUCAUCCUCAAGAUCGCGCGGCAGAACAACCUCCCGCCCAAGCCGUUCCUCCUGGCGCUCGCGUCCAGCGCCAACAUCGGCUCCGCCGCGACGCCCAUCGGCAACCCGCAGAACCUGGUCAUCGCCGUCCAGAGCGGCAUCUCCUUCGGCCAGUUCGUGUUCGGCAUCCUCCCGGCCACCCUCGUCGGCGCCGUCGUCAACGCCGCCAUCCUGCUCUGCCUCUACUGGCGCCACCUCUCCGACGAGAAGUGCGUCGAGGUCGUCGCCCCGGUCCCCACCGACGUCGUCGAAGAGGAGGACGUCACCUCCCACCGCUUCUCGCCGGCGACCAUGUCACACCCCCGUUCCUCCUCCCACCACCACCACCACCAGCAGCCUGGCAGCUCGCUGUCGUCGCCUGACUGCGAGGUGUUCGAGCCAGUGAAGCCCGUCCCUGUCACCAGCAAUGGCGACUCCAACAACAAGCCGGACGCCGCCGACGCCGCCGUCGUCGUCGGGAUCCACCAGAGGCGCGGCGGCGUCGGCGGCGGCGUGAGGAUGAAGGAGGAACAUGCGUUCCGGUGGGUGGAGGAGAAGGAGGAGGCCAUGGAGCAAUGGAAGAGCACGGUGUGGAAGACGGGUGUGUACGUCAUCACAUUGAGCAUGCUGGUGGCGCUGCUGUUGGGUCUCAACAUGUCAUGGAGCGCCAUCACCGCCGCACUCGCCCUCAUCGUCCUCGACUUCAAGGAUGCCCGCCCCUGCCUCGAGAAGGUUUCCUAUCCACUUCUACUCUUCUUCUGUGGGAUGUUCAUCACUGUGGAUGGAUUCAACAAGACGGGCAUUCCUAGCGCAUUCUGGGAAUUCAUGGAGCCCUAUGCACGGAUCGAUACACCGACCGGGAUAGUAAUCCUCGCCCUGGUUAUUCUUCUCCUCUCAAAUGUGGCGUCAAAUGUUCCAACUGUUCUCCUGCUUGGUGCUCGGGUGGCAGCGUCAGCAGCGGCCAUCUCCCCUGCAGCAGAGACCAAUGCCUGGCUCAUCCUGGCCUGGGUCAGCACGGUGGCCGGCAACCUCUCCCUCCUUGGCUCCGCCGCGAACUUGAUCGUUUGCGAGCAAGCUCGCAGGUCGGAGCAGUACGGAUACACCCUCUCCUUCUUCAGCCACCUCCAGUUCGGCUUCCCGGCGACGCUCAUCGUCACCGGGAUUGGCCUACUGCUCAUCAGAAGCAACUGAAAAAUGGUACAGAACAUAUAUAUGAAGAAGACAUGGAUAUCAGGACAUGUACAAAAAGAAUGUGAAUUUUCAGGUCAGGUCGAUUGUAUUUCUGCAAAGAUUCAAUUGUGGGAUAAAAGAAAAAUGUCUAUCUUUGCCUCGGAAUUAAGCACGGAUAUCAUGGUGCUUGGAGGCUUUUUGAGCUGUACAUUUGUUAGUUCAUAUUGGGGGGAGAAGAUGUAUAUGUUGCAGUAGCAAGGAUCAUAAAAGGGAAAUGUAUAUUUUUGUUCAGCAUUCUACUUGUAAUCCAUAUAUAUUUUUUGAAGUCGAAUAAUUUGUAUAGGCAGGAGAAGAGAAAAUCAAUGAAAUGCAUGCCCCUAUCGAUGCAGCUAA